AUGCCGCCAAAGAAAUUUGUUCCACGGCAGCGCAAGCGCAAGGUUCUUGACAGACAAAGGGCGCAAGAACGAGCUACUCACGAUGUCGGCGCAGACAGCAACGUGCUCGAGAUCACGCCCGCUCAACAGGCUGAGGCUGAGCAGAAGAGAGCCCAGCUUCGUGAAGAUCUGAGGCCUCAGGGUGUCAAAGUCAGCAGCAAGAAGGCCAGGCGCCUCGAAAAGUACAUUGAGAACAAACUCAAGAAGGACGAAAACCGGGAGCUGCUUGCCAAGCUAGCCGCCAACAAGAUCGAUACCUCUCUGUUCUCCAGCAGCAAAACCCUCGGUCGGGCGAAGGAGACAAAGAGGGAAGCAUUGAGACGCGCGCUCAGGGAACAGAAUGCCGGCAUCGCGCUGGACAAGUCGGGGGCGAGUCUGCUCUAUCAACGCCGAAAGGUUUUAGAUGGAGAGCUACCGAUGGAUGAGGCGCCGAGCAACUCGGAAGCGGAAGCGGAAGCGGAAGAUGGAGAGGAUAAUCAGAUCGAUCAGAGAGACGCUACCUCAACCCAACCCCAGCAAAUAUUGGCUCCGGUAUCAGCACAGCCAAGCUCCAUAGCAGUCGGGGCUGGCUUAAAGCGGCCACUUGAAGUGGACGAGUCUGGCCGCCCGAAACUCGCCAAACGGCAGAAAAGAGGAGGCGUUAAGACAAAGUACUCGAUAGAAGCCCCUGCUGUCUACGAAGAGUCAGCCUCGGAUGACUGGAAUGGCUUUAGCUCUGGAAGCGAGGGCCCGUCGGUCGGUGGUUUUAUGCAGGGAUCGGACGAUGGUGUAUCCAGUAGCGAGGGCAGCGACGGCAGUGAGGAUGAGGAUGCCGAUGGAAGUAGCUCGGAUGACGAAAUGGAGAGGUCCGACGGAGACAUCGAGUCGGAGGAAGAUGGCGAUGAAUUGGCCAAGCAGAACCGCCAGCAGAGAUCGUCCGCUUUCAAGGCUUGGGCGCACCAGCAACGAAACGAAGCGCUAGGAUACAAGCCGGUCGACUCCAUCGUUUUGGACAUACCCAAACCGGCAAACUUCACCCCCAGGCCGGUUGAAGAAGAGCCGCUGCCGAUAGAACUGCAGCCAACGACGAACAAUACGAGAAAGGCAUACACCGUCGGGGUGACGAGGGAUCCCGACAUCCAGGAGGCUCGCUACAAACUACCCGUCGUUGCCGAGGAGCAGAAGAUUAUGGAAGCCAUUCACAACAACAAUGUUGUUGUCAUAUGCGGCGCCACCGGUUCUGGUAAAACUACACAGGUGCCGCAGUUUCUCUUCGAAGCCGGCUACGGCGCGCCGGACGGUCCGACUCCAGGCAUGAUUGGCGUAACACAGCCGAGGCGAGUGGCAGCAGUCAGUAUGUCGAAGCGCGUGGCUCAGGAGUUGGGAGAUCAUUCGGACGUUGUCGCCUACCAGAUCCGGUUCGAGGGUACCGUAGACCCCAAAACCGCAAUCAAAUUCAUGACGGACGGCGUCCUCCUUCGAGAGGUCGCCCAGGACUUUGCUCUCCGCAAGUACUCGGCCAUCAUCAUCGAUGAGGCCCACGAGCGGAGCGUCAAUACCGACAUCCUGAUUGCCAUUCUCAGCAGAGUGGUCAAGCUCAGGGCGGAACUGGUCAAGGAGGACUCCUCGAUCAAGCCAUUGAAAAUCAUCAUCAUGUCUGCGACACUUAGGGUCGAGGAAUUUACACAAAACACAAGACUCUUCAAGACGCCCCCACGCGUCAUUGAAGUCGAGGGCCGCCAGCAUGAGGUGACGAUACACUUCGCUCGAAAAACACGGUCUGAUUACGUUGAAGACGCCUUCCGAAAAAUUAGCCGAGGCCAUCGGAAGCUGCCACCAGGCGGUAUGCUUGUCUUCCUCACCGGCCAGGGAGAAAUUUCCCAACUGAGGAAGAAACUCAAGGGUGCGUUCGGCGGGAUGACCGUUGCGGAAGGGCCAAGGGUCUGCAUCUCCGGGAGUGAAGCUCCGAUUGAGGUUGAAGACAUCGACUUCGGCGAGGCCGACGACCGGAAUGCCCAUGAUGAGUACGACGAGGUCGAGUUUGCCUCGGAUGAAGAGGAGGAAGAAAAGGAGUUUGAGCUCGAGGACGAGGAAUCUGGGACCGGGCCGCGGCGGAUGCAUAUUUUGCCGCUGUACUCUCUGCUCCCUACAAGAGAGCAGUUGAAGGUCUUUGAGCCGCCGCCUGAAGGUUCCCGGUUAGUCAUCCUCGCGACAAACGUAGCUGAGACCAGUUUGACCAUCCCCGGCAUCCGAUACGUCUUCGAUUGCGGAAGGUCGAAGGAGCGGAAGUAUGAUCCGGUGAGCGGUGUCCAGAGCUUCGAAAUUGACUGGAUCAGCAAGGCGAGCGCAAAGCAGAGAGCUGGCCGUGCCGGUCGUACCGGCCCAGGUCACUGCUGGAGGUUAUACUCAUCGGCAGUUUACGAGAGAGACUUCCCCGAGUUCUCGGCCCCAGAGCUGCUUCGUAUGCCAAUCGAAGGAGUGGUGCUGCAACUCAAGUCCAUGAACCUCCAACACGUCGUCAACUUUCCCUUCCCUACCCCGCCGGACCGUUGGAGUAUCAUCAAGGCCGAAAAGCUUCUCACCUCCCUCUCGGCGAUAUCACCGAGCGGACAGAUUACGCCAGUUGGGACGAGCAUGUCCAUCUUCCCUUUGGCGCCUCGUUUUGCACGGAUUCUGCUGGUCGGACAUCUCCAUGACUGCCUACCCUACACCAUCGCCAUGAUUGCCGGGCUAUCUGCGGGCGAGAUCUUUGUGCCGGAGAACCAAGCUAUCCCGGCGGCUGCCGAGCAGACCGAGGAGUUUCGCACCAACGAGGAGGUGAUCGCUGAGGACAAGCGGGCAAGGAUACGCAAGGCAUUUAACGCAGUCCACAAGAACUUCUGCUCGCUCGACGACAAGUCCGACGCCAUGAAGAUCCUUCAAGUGGUCGGUGAGUUUGCCCACGAGCCCACCGAGGCGUGGUGCGAGAGCCACUUUGUCCGCUUCAAAGUCCUCAAGGAGAUUUUGCAGCUCCAAUCCCAGCUGGCCAACCUCGUCAAGACCAACAUGGCAGGCUUCGCCAACUUCAAAAUGCCCGAGAAACUCCCCCGGCCCUCGGCGCUACAAGUCCAAGCGCUCAAGCAGAUGGUCGCCGCAGGCUUCGUCGACCAAGUCGCCAUCCGUGCCGACAAGGCGCCCAACCCGCCCGAGAUGUACCGCAAGCCGCGCCGCGCCAUCGACGUGCCCUACCUCCCGCUGAUGCCGCUCGAAGGCAACCAGAUCUCGUCAGCCGACCCCGCCGACAAGCUGGUGUUCAUCCACCCGUCGUCGCCGCUCGCGCACCUGAGCGUCGACGAGUGCCCGGAGUACGUCGUGUACGCGCACCUCCAGCGCGCGGGCAAUAUUCUAGACGUCGGGGAGGACGGCGCCAAGAAGAAGCCCAAGACGAGGAUGCAUGCGCUCACGGACUUGACGGGCGCGCAGCUGGCGAAUAUCGCCAAGGGGACCCCGCUGAUCACGUAUGGCAAGCCUGUCAAGGAGGUGCAGGGGUCGGACGACGGCAAGACGAGGGAGGUGUGGGUGGUGCCGUAUAUGAGGGCUGAGACGGGCGGUGGGCUGGGGUGGCCACUACCGAUGCGGAAAAUCAAGCAGAAGAGGGUGCUUGGGAAGGGAUGGGUUGUGGAGUGA